AUGACACGCGGCAAGAAGUGCGAUGAGAUCUGGAGCCCAGAAGGCUACUGCCAGCGGUGUCUCGCCGGGCCAUGGGAGUGCUCUGGCCGCACCUCGAUGCCCGGCCGGCCAGCGUUCACGCUGUCCAAGUCGCCCACGGCGGGCGUGGACGACGCCGCGUCGACGCUGUCGGGCCUGUCGUCCCUCGCGGCGGCGGCCGGCGCAGGCAUCGCGUCCGUCUCGCCCCCCGCGCCGAUGGCCGCCCGGCCGACCUCCGCCCGCCAGCCGAUCGCCUCAAGCCCAGCAACGAGCAUCUCAGUGGGGUCAGUGAGCAGCGUGAGCUCGCGCACGCCGCUCCCGAACCAGCCGGUGCCCCUACCCGCCGCCGCGCCGUUCCCGCCUACCCCGUCCGACAGCAACGGCGUCACGCCGUUCGCGCUGUGGAACGGCCUCGUGCCGCCCGCCGACGCGACGCGCCCGCUCUUCACCACACCGUUCAGUCAGCCCCUGUUCGACUGGCCAGAUGGGAACGGGCCGACGGCGGUCCUGACCACCACGGCGGACGGCACGCUGGCAAUCGACGCCAGCACCGAGCCACUGGGUGGCGUGAGCUCCGCUGUUGAGGAGUUCUGGAACUCGCUCAGCGCGAGCUUCAACCCCCAGGCUGGGUCAUCGGGUGCCGGGAGCUUCAACACGGGCAGCAGGGUGCUGUUCUUGUCGAGCGACCGGCCAAUGCGCCAGGGCGUGAGCCUCGCCGAGAUCUACGCCCGCGUCGUCGACAGCUGGCUCGUUGGGUUGACUGAGCACAAGCGGGACUAUGCCAGGGCAAGGAUUCUCGCCCUCAACGACACGAACAGCGUCAUGAGGGCAGUGCGCUAUGCCGUCGCAGCGGCGUACAUCUUCCUGUUUGCUUCUGGCCCAGAAGGACACAAGGACCGCCGUCCAAAGCUCGUCGAGCUGGCGUGCAAGGGUGCUGGCAUCCCCGAGGACCUUAUGGGCGCGUCUGCAGCCGAGAGUGGAGACACGACAGCGGCGACAAAGAAGAUCACGCUGUACGUCGACCACGUGUCGACACCAUUUGCGAGCGACCUCGAGAGCGCAAAGUGGACCGAGGACGCCAUUCACGAGUUGAGGAACAUCCAGAUCACGAAGCAGUCAGAGCUGAGUGACUUACUGUGGGGUGUCAUCGACCUCCAGCUUGUGGAGUUUAUCCGUGGUGGCGCAGCACCCAGCUACAGCAUGCUCGCGCUUGGCGACAGACUCGUGCGGUCCGUCUUCCCGGGUGACCACCCGUCACUGUCGCUCUGGGACCUGCGCACGCCCGAGACGUUCUCUCUGCGGCUGUACGCAAUCUCAGACCUUUCGCGGUGCAUCGUUCAGCGCGGCCGCCGGACAAUAUUCAACUUCUACAUGGACGUCCGCGCACACGAGCCCGCAGACGAGGGCGACGAGGAGCCGUGGGCAUCGCCGUACCUCGGCAUGCCGGACGCGAUCAUGACGCUGCUCGCGCGCGUGGUCAACCUCUGCUCGGAACUCAACACGCGGUCAGCGGCGAGCAUCAAGGCGGACGCGGACGAGAUUGAGUCCGACCUGCGAUCGUGGACGCCGGCGCCCGUGUCGCCACACAACGUCGACAGCUCGGCGCUCGUGACGCGCACGAUCGCGGGCGAGAUGUGGCGUCUGUGCACGCUCAUCGUGCUGUACCAGUCUGUGCACCGCGUCGGCGGGCUACACACUGUGCUGCGGCGCGCGGGGACUGAGAUGCUCUCGCUCCUGUCGAGCAUCACGCAGUUCCCCUCGGGCGACCUGUGGGGCUUCCUUGCGCUGCCUGCAUUCCUCGCGGCCUGCCUCAGCAUCACGGACCACGACAGGAAGCGCGCCAUGUCGUUCCUCGUGCGCACGGGCCCCGAGCGCGUGUGGCUCGACAACAUCGCCCUUGUGGAGAAGGUGUGGGAGGAGACGGACGAGACGGGGAGGAUCGUCGACUGGCACGACAAGCUCACGCGCGAGGGGCUGUCGGUUGCGUUCUUUUAG